UUAUCUCAACGUGACGGGUAAAGGAGUUAUCGCCUUUCUGGCCACGCUGCGGCCGGAUUCGCCCGGGCACACUCUUGAAUGAUUGCUGUUGAGUCACAGGAAUUCCCCCUUUCAGGGUUUCUCAAUGCAUGCCUGGUGGCAUUGAUUGUGUAUUCACUUCUGCGCGAACAUCAUGGCCGCCGCUUGGCUCACCUGCUACGUCGGCGCAGCAUUAGUCCAAUUGUCAUCUUGACAGCUUGAUUGUCCUAAAGCUGCUUGCAGCCCAUUGGUGACCAACCAUGACCAUUUGCAGCCGACUCUUCCCCCGAGAGGAUGUUCUGCUCCAAUUCCUAUUGACGAGCGCAUUUUUGCCCCCACUAUGAGCUCUCGACUCCAGCAUUGCACCUGUCAGAGAUGGCACUGUCACCUGGGUUCUGCCUUUUGUUAAGUUGUGAUUGAAUAUGACCACAUCCUUGUUCACUAUGCAUCUACAACGGCUGCUAUUCUCAGAUCCAUAAAGAAGGCAAUAGUGUCCUCCUUGAGCCAUAAUAGUCUCAUCCAUCAUGGUUUUCCUCGAGGUCGCUUUGAUGGCUUCCCAUCAAAUGUACCACUUAAUGGAAUCCGUCCAAGUCAGAGAAAGAUUUGAAGCAUUCAAGGUUGCAGAUAUCAAUGAUAAGCAUUAUGAACCCGUCACUGGUGUAUUGAUGAAACAGCAGAUGACAGACGCGAUGAUAACUAUCGGACUCCAAUUUAUUCAGCAAAGCAUUACAGCCGAUACUAUUCCUGGACACGAGGCAAUUGAUCUUUUACGUCCCUUGGAUCGCAUCAUAGCGGAAGCUACUUCAAUAAUGGAAACCCAGAGCCUCAAAGAGCUACUUCAAGUUUUGCCGAAGCUCAUUUCGAACAUCACUGUACCUAAGGGCCGACAGGAAUUGAUGAUUCGAGAAAGCCUCCAAUGGCUAUCGGAUUUAUAUCCUGGCUGGACCUUCUGCGCGGAAAACAGAACUGGGGCAAAGGUCCAAAUAACAAAUCUCUGUUCCGAACCGGUAAUGGAAGAAUCAAUGCAAGAAAAGCUCAUGUGGCUAGCAAAAAUGUAUUUUGGUUGGACUUUCCGAAUGAUAGAUGAAAGGCUACAAGUUCCCGGGGAAAAAUCCCUCAAACUCUGGUGCACACACGACAUAGAGAGUGAUCGCAGUGGAGGGGAAAAUGAGUACUUGUAUCCUGUGUAUUAAUCACAAGUAUAGCUUAGAAAGACAGUCUAUCAUCAAAGCUCAUUUGGGAGG